AUGGCACUUUGCCGCAUCGAUGCUGAAUCGUUCAUGCCCCGCAUCGUGAUGCAUCGCCGAAUCGAUUAUUCCGAACCCGAGCCCCAGAUGGACCCUUUGCUCUGGCUGGUCUCUCUUCAGAAGGCCACGGGAUGCUGGGAGCUGAAUGCCGCGCUGGCUGCUGUGUUUGGGAAGACCAAUGAUGAGGUGACCAAUCACAGAGCAGCACAGCGUGAGUGUGUGACGUGUGGUUGUGUGUUCCAGGUGGACGGGUCAGUGUGGGCCACCGUUCUGGCUCUGAUCUGGUUAUACUCGUGUAGAUCAGGUGACCAGGUGGAGUGGCAGUUUGUGGCCAUGAAGGCGGCGUCAUGGAUCCGCUCUCAGAAACCGGACGGCCUGUCUCAGUGUGUGUGUGACGGGAACGUCCUGUUGGGAUGUCAGGUGACUGAAGGCAUGCUGGGAAUCUGAAGACUGUCAGAAGAACAAAUAACUCUCACUCUUGAAUUAAUAGAGAAACACUGACACAUUUCUGUUUGUAUCGGUGACAGAGGGAAGCUUUAGGGCCUGACCUCAGUUCAUGUUAUUGCUCUAAAUAUGAUUGUGAAUGUAUAAUCUUAUGCUACUUUAUGUUCUGGACUCACUGAAUCAUGUUUCUGUGUGAUCAUGACUGUAGUGAGCAGAUUGUGCUUUUAUUAAGCUGUUAUAUUAAAGGUUCAGUCAGUGAUUUCUGAUAAAUACUUCUGAAAGAG